AUGAGCGGCUACACCAGGACCAAGUCGCCAGAUGCCGAUGCUCAGCGUGAGGAGGAAAUGCAGUAUGGCACCAUAGGUUUGACCAAGGAAGAGCUUGAGGGAAAGUAUCCAAAAAGGCCGCGUAAUCAUUCCAAAACCCUGCUUUUUUCUGAGCUGUUCCUCCAGCUCUUCAACCCGCUUAAUGAGAACAAGACGCAGCCCGCGGCUGGCCCGGCACGCAAAAGGGGCCCUCACGGCGCGGCGACGCUCUCGCCACAGGAACAGAGGCGCCACAUCGUCGAGAGGUUCAUCAGCAGAUGGCGCAAGGAAGUCGGCAAUGAUUUUUAUCCCGCCCUGCGCCUGAUUCUGCCCGACAAGGACCGCGACCGUGGCGUCUACGGACUCAAGGAGAAUGCCAUCGGCAAGCUACUCGUCAAGCUCCUCAAGAUUGACAAAAACUCUGAAGACGGGUACAACCUCCUGCAUUGGAAGCUGCCCGGCCAGACAAUGGCUGCCCGUCUGGCAGGCGACUUUGCCGGGCGAUGCUACGAGGUCAUUUCCAAGCGGCCGAUGCGCACCCAAGUGGGGGACAUGACCAUCGCCGAGGUGAAUGCGCAGCUGGACAAGUUGGCCGCAUCGGUCGGAGAGGCAGAGAAUCUGAGGGUGUUUGAGACGUUUUACAAUCGCAUGAACGCCGAGGAGAUGCUCUGGCUGAUCCGCAUCAUCCUCAAGCAAAUGAAAGUCGGCGCCACGGAGAAGACGUUCCUCUACCUGUGGCACCCGGACGGCGAGACGCUAUUCAGCGUGUCAUCCAGCCUCAGACGCGUGUGCUGGGAGCUCUACGACCCCGACGUCAGGCUGGAGCAGGAAGAAGCCGGCAUAUCGCUGAUGCAGUGCUUCCAGCCGCAGCUGGCCCAGUUCCAGAUGCCCGCCUCGUUUCAAAAGAUGACGGAGCUGCUGCGGCCGACAGAGGACGACCCCGAGUUCUGGAUCGAGGAGAAGCUGGACGGCGAGCGGAUGCAGAUGCACAUGGUGUCCGAUGCCGCUCAUCCGGGAGGGAAACGGUUUUGUUUCUGGUCGCGAAAGGCAAAGGACUACACGUAUCUGUACGGCGACGGCGUGCUCGACCAAAACUCCAGCCUGACGCGCCAUCUCAAGGACGCCUUCGCCCCGGGCGUGCGGAACCUCAUCUUGGACGGAGAGAUGGUCACGUGGGACAUGGCAGUCGACAAGAUUGUCCCAUUUGGAACCUUGAAAACCGCCGCCAUUGCAGAACAGCAGAACAAGUCCGGCUCGGACUCAUCCGGCCACCGGCCUCUGUUCCGCGUCUUUGACAUACUAUACCUCAACGACAAGCCCCUCACGCAGUACACCCUCCGCGACCGCCACCACGCCCUGGAAAAGGCAAUCAGGCCCGUUCACCGCCGCCUGGAAAUCCACAGCUACAAGAGCGCCACGACGGCGGAUGCCAUCGAGCCCAUGCUUCGGGACGUCGUGGCCAACGCCUCGGAGGGCCUGGUCCUGAAGAACCCACGCUCCAUGUACAGGCUCAACAGCCGCAAUGACGACUGGCUCAAGGUGAAGCCGGAAUACAUGUCCGAGUUUGGCGAAUUGCUAGACUGCGUCGUGAUAGGCGGGUACUACGGCUCCGGCAAGCGGGGGGGCACCCUUUCCAGCUUCUUGUGCGGCCUCCGCGUGUCCCGGAACCACAUCCAGGCGGGCGACAGUCCGGAAAAGUGCUACAGCUUCUUCAAGGUCGGCGGCGGGUUCCGGGGCGAAGACUACGCCGAGAUACGGCACCGCACCGAGGGAAAAUGGGUCGACUGGGACAGGAAGAACCCCCCGACCGCGUACAUUGCGCUCGGCGGCGGGGAGAGCAAGCAGUUCGAACGGCCGGACGUGUGGAUCCGGCCGAGCGACUCGCUCGUCAUUUCGGCAAAGGCGGCCAGCGUCGGGCCAUCCGACAGCUUUGCCACGGGGUACACGCUGCGGUUUCCCCGGUUCCGCCGGCUCCGUCUCGACCGCGCCUGGGACUCGGCACUGUCGGUGGACGAGUUUGAGGAGCUCAGGAAACAGAUCGACCAGGAGGCCAAGGAGAACGCCAUGACGGUGGAGGACAGGAAGCGCAGAAACCCCAGGCGCGCAAAGCGAGCCGUGGUGAUUGCGGGCCAGGACGCGGCGCCCGCCGGCGGGUCCCGGGGUCAGAGGUCGCACGUCUUCGAGGGCCUAGAGUUUUGCGUGCUCUCCGAGUCGCCGAAGCCGUACAAGAUGACCAAGGCGCAGCUGGAAGCUGUGAUUAAGGAAAACGGCGGCACGAUUUCGCAGCGCGCAGUCGCGGACGCGCACAUGGUUCUCGUCGCGGACAAGAGGGUCGUCAAGGUGGCGAGCUUGAUCAAGGGCGGCAAUGCCAACAUUAUUCGUGCAAAGUGGAUAAGGGACUGCGUCGAGCAGGGUGGCGAUUUUCUGCUGCCCUACGAGGAGGGCCACUUGCUCCAUGCGACGGAGGAGUUGGCGACUAUUGCAGCCGAGAACACGGACAGGCACGGGGACAGCUAUGCGCGCGAUGUCGGGGUGGAUGAACUGAGGGAGAUACUGGGCCGCAUGGCCAAGGUGGAAGACGACGGCUUUGACGUGACGCGCUUUCUGGGCGAGUUGGAAGAGCGGGGGGAGGGGAUUGCGGACCUGCGGGGGUUCAUGAUGAGGCGGUGUGUGGUGCAUUUGCGAGCAGCAGUGGGCGGUGUCGAGGAACUGAUGGGCAAGUUGGUCCGCCAUGUGGAGUACGCGGGCGGGACGGUGGUGGACAGCUUGGGAGAGGGCGUCACGCAUGUGGUGGUGGUAGGGGACGAUGCCGUGCAAGUUGGAGAGGUGGCGGACGGGGCCAGGAGGGAGGUGAGUUCCUGGGCAAAGGUGCCGCGUGUUGUGGGACACGGGUGGGUUUUGGAUUGCUGGAAGGAGGGGACGUUGGUAGACGAGGACGGGUAUGCGAUUCCAUGA